AUGUCAACUACAGCGACGGCUCGGGUUCAUAAGGACGCCUUGUCAUCGAGGUCGCCGGUUAAAGGGAAGGAAGGAGGGAAAGGCGAUGAACAUACUUUGAGUAAGGAGAUGGACAAACUGAUGGAAGAGCAUGCUCGCAUUCAAGAAAGGCUGGCUGAGACGAAACCACCGCCGGUGGACUCGAAUGAGGUGGGAGGAAUCGUAGACUAUGAUCAAGACGAUGAGGGAGGAGGAGGAGGAGAUUCGGGAGAAGCCGCUAUAGCUGAUGGUCGGGUUGGGAGAGAAUCGCAACCUCGGCAAUCUGAGGAGCUAACGGAGGAGCAGCGAGAGAAGGAGGCGAAAGCGAGAUUUAUAAAGAGCGAACUCGGAGGGUUCUCGGAGGCUAGCCCACAGAUACGCGAGAGCAUGAAAAGGAAUAGGAGGAUGUUUGGUAACCUUCUCGGUUACCUCGGCAGUGCGAAGCAGAGGUUAGAAAGUGAUAGGAAGAGGGAUGCAACUCAACGUCAAGAGGAAUGUGCCCAAAGAGUUGAAGCUAAAUUGGCAAGACAACGCAACAACUUGAGAGAAAUAAGACGUCUUGAAUGGGAGGAAAGAAGGAAACAAGAUCGAGAGCGCUUGAUAGAACAGAAGAUAGCAUCGAUUCCCUACAGUUUCGCGGAGUUUGCUGCGCCGACUGUCGCCUCUGCGGGAGAUGCCGAAGUCGAUGAUGGUAAGGAGAAGAACGAUGACGAGGCCGCAGGUAAGGAAAGGAAAAACGGCGAGGAAGUAGAAGGGAAUCCAAAAAAGGAUGAGGAGAUGCGGGAUGAGAGAGAACCUAGUAGAAGUGAUAAGAAGCGAUCUCGAGGAACCUUGAAAGUGGUCAUUCAAACCUGUAUAGAACAUCCCUCCGACCUACGGGAAGGGGUCAUCACCGCGAUCGCUGCUCAUGCUAUCCCACGACUUGACAUUGAAGACUUGGUCGUACUCGCAACAGAUGCGGAAAUCGUCGACCGAAAGCUCAACGCCCCCAUUCUGGGUGCAACUGUGAAGGUGCUCCGGGGAAAGGGGGCGAAGAAACUCAAAUCUGGUUUGACCAGUGAGGAAGCGGCAAACGAAAUCGUCAAGGAGAUAUCUGCCGGCCCAUGGGACGCUGAUUUUGCUAAAGCAGUUAUCAGCAGUGAUGGCUUCCUCUCAUCUGCGAGUGGAAAUGAAAUGAUAAGUAAAUUGGUCAACUCGAUAUUCGAACUGGAGGACACCGAUUUGGCCGUGAAAGUCGUGGUGAAUCCCGCGCUCACUAUGCGAGUUCGAUGGGUUUUCGUCCAGCAUCUAAUCGAAAAAUACAGCUCGGCCGACCGAGCCGUGGAGCUUCUCAGUUUUGUAGCAAAAUCCAGAGCAGUGAUAGUACGUCAGCUGCGAGCAUUCCGCGCUGUCUCUGGGAUACACGUUCUUGAAGCUCUGGUCGGCCUUGAUGAUUCGAUGGUGAUGAAGACUUGCGCGGAAACGGUCGUUCGAAUGGCUCGAAGUCUACAUAGUAUUGCGCUCAAACGAACUAUCCAUUGGUACGCCAUCUUUCCGAACCGGGACGCGCACUUCAAGAAGUGGCUGGGGACAAAUCUGAGUCGGCAAUUAGGGAAGAUGGAGGCGCCUCGAGUGAGAAACUUCCUAUCAACCGUAGCUGUGAAGGCUGAUGGACAUCUUGUCCUCGAUCCCAUCAUCAAAUCCGGCGAGAUCUCCUGUCCGCUCAUGUUCGACGCUCUCGCGCAAGCUCUAAUGCGACCGGGUCUGCCUACAGCGACCGUAGAGAGGAUCGCUCCUCGCCUUGUGGACUGCUGUGACUGUAACUCUACGGAGAAAUGGGACUCCUUGGUGCUGGUCCUCCCAGCAGAGACGCUACCUUGUCUGGCCUUGUGCACUGUCCUAAGAUUUCCCCACCAGCCACAGCGAGCUUCGGUGGUGAUCGAGCGAAUGCGGAAGAUCCUCGAGGGCCCAGGCGGGGAGAAUCACAGAGGCCCCUACACCACUGCUGUCGCCCAACUGUCGGCCCUCGGCUACUCUUGUGAUGGCUGGAGGGACCUAGUUUGCCCUGAGAAUCCUCUUGCUCAAGUGGUUGGUCUCUCGAGCGAGGUAACUCUAGCAAGGGCUCAAGGAGGUCAUCGUUGCGAAGGCCUUGAGGGGCCUCUAGUGGCAGAGCUCAACCUACAAGUCGACAAGGAGGUGGCUGGUCAGGAGUGGCUCGGCGAGUUCCCACCCGUCCUACCGUGUGGAGACUUGCACGAUGCCGAGUGUAACCUGGUGGAACUGAUGGAGGUCUACAGUGCCCAUCGUCUGUGGUUCGCCAGGAGGUGUCUGGUCGCAGCCUCAAUGGUCGCCUCUCGAGAACUGACCAGCGCCCCGCUCGUCUCCUUCAUCACGAGGAAGAGCCCUACAGGAGAAGCUCAUGAAAUAUGUGUACGACACGACGUUGGUUAUGUAGCCGCCGUCGUGGACCUCCUUGCCACCUCGUUCGAAUCGGACCUAUGCCCCGAUGCCUUACUAUUGGUGUUCGAAUGCGCUAUGAUGUUCGGCGCGAGCUGUCAACACUUGAGGUGCAUCGCAGAGGCCGCGGUCGAGAGCUGUGAGGAUGCUGAUCGUCAGACCAUGAGAUACCCUCCCCUACUGGGUCCAUCUCUCAAGCGAUGCCGUCGAGUCGUGAGCAAAAGGGUCAUCCAGUGGCUAUGCGACUUGGCGGAGCAGACCAAAGAGGAGAUCGUCGAGAACGACACGGAUGGAGGCGUCGGCACUCUUGGCACCACUACUGUUAUGCGGUUACAGCUCCAUUGA